AUGUAUGGUCAUGCGAAGUUUUCAGUGCUGAGUGUAGGCUCGCUCUGCUUGUCUUUCCUUUUCAGGUCCAAAUCUUUGACGGAGUAUCGGUAUGCUCGCUCCAUCCGAUCUGCUUCCUCGUCGGAGUCUGAUGCCGACUGGUUCCGCCGUACAAUGAGUGAUACCACCAAUGCGCAUGCGCAUCGUCGUCCGGAAGAGGUCUUUGGGUGGUCCGAGUCGUUGGGCUGUUUUCGGCGAGCUGUUAGCGAACAAUUACCACCCAAGCAAACGAGACGAAACAGUGUUGCGGCCUUCGACGGCGAUCUCGGCCCGCUUUCGGAAUGGACAUCGUCAUCGCAGCCGGAACCGGAACUGCCGACACCUGCAUUAUACAACUGGACGUGGGCCAGCUGCUUUGCCUUCCUUGGAUAUGUGCUGAUCACUGGAAACGAUUCUAUUGUCAAAGCCUGGUCCAAGGGGCGGAGCAGAAAGGACUUCCCUUAUGCGGUGUCUUCUGUCAUGCUUCUGUCUGGGAUAACCUCUUUUGUCAUCGGCAUUCUCGCGGCCUUUGCGUUUGAACAAUGGGAGGGUCUGAAGAAAUGUUUCAAUUACAAAGCAAUCUGUCGAGUCGGGUGUGUCAAUGUCUUCUUCCAGUUGGCCGGGAUCUUGAAGUUCAAAGCUUUGACUCGAGUCCCUCCAGAUGCAGUAUCCAUUCUCUCCCAGAUGAACCUGUUCCUGUUGGCACUUGCCAUUCGGGUUGUCUUUAACAAGUUCUUCUCGCUGCGACAGUGGCUGUGUCUGGCCAUGAUCUGCAAUGGUGUCAUACUGUACAUGAUCUCCAGAGAAGGUGAAGUCCUGCAUCAAGUUGUCGCUGCUCUUUGCCUGUGCAGUGUGGUUACGAUGUACACGCGGAAUACCUGGAAGGUUGACUCGGGGAAUAACAUUAUCAGCCUGAUGUUAAUCUUGCUUUGGAUCCUGGCGGCCAUGACCUUAAUAGGGAGUGUGUGGCAGGCUCUGCCACAGAGCAGUCUCCCACAGCCAGCCAACGGGCUCCGGUCGGCAGAUGUGUGGUGGGGUUGCCUUGACAUCCUGGGCAUGUGUUGCUGCGAGAGCUUCGCAUCUGUGUCCUUGGAGAGAUACUUCAAAAACGACGAAGGGCAUUACAACUUUUACAUACAAAAGGUGCACGUGGACUGCUCGAGCAUUCUUUUUUCUUCGAUAUUGUUUGGUAUGAGCAAAUCCACAGCUGGCUUCCCUAGUUCGUUGAGCGACGUCAUGGUGCUGCCCGGAGCUCUCUUCGCUGGCUGGGACAGUUCCACCGUCGUGGUCCUGUCUCUGAUGGUUUGCAAGGCUUGGCUAGCUGGCCUUGUGGCGAAGAUGCUGGACUCCGUGGUGAAGCAGGUCGGCUCUUGCACGGCCAUCGCCCUCAUGUUUUUGGAGAUGAACUGCUGGGAACGCUUCGCAACCGUCGGAACAACCUCGAGUGUGGGCAUCAUCGUCCUGGCCAUCCUGAACUUUACGGAAUUGUCGCGUUCGAAGCGCGACGACCAGGAGUUCACGAAAGAGUAUCCCGCUUUGCGCAUGUCCGAGAAGGAAAACGACGAGGAGAGAGCACAGCCGAGAGCACCGCCGCCGAGUGAGAAGGAUAAAGACAAGUAA